AUGAAGUCCUCCGUCUCCGUCCUCUACCCCAACGAGUCCGUCGCGCGGAACGUGACGACGUACUCCGAGUCCCGCUCCACGGACCUGCCCGCGCACAUCGUCGCCUACCACGAGCACAUCGACGCCACGCAGCCCGAGACGUCGAUGCUCAUGAUCAGCAACUUCCAGGCGCAGAACCACAUCUGGCUCGCCAAGCUCAUCGGCGCCAAGAGGGUACUCGAAAUCGGCGUCUACGUUGGGUACUCCGGCAUGAUCUGGUCCCAUGCUGUCGGGCCCGACGGCACCGUCACCGGCCUCGAGUUCAACGCCGACUACGCAAGGCAGGCCGAAGCCGCAUGGGCCGCCAACGGCAUCACCAACGCGUCCGUCAUCGUCGGCGACGCUCUCGAGACUCUACCUGCCCUAAGCCCUUCCGAGCCGUAUGACCUGAUCUUCAUCGACGCUCAGAAGUCCGGGUAUCCGUCCUACCUCUCCACCAUCCUUGCCGCUUCCGCCCCAUCGUCUAGCACCCGCCUCUUGCGCGCCGGCGGUCUUGUCGUUGCCGACAACGUCCUCCGCCGCGGCAUCGUUGCUGACGACUCGGACGAGAACCCUUGGGUUGUCAAGGAGAAGGCUGAGCGCGCCGCCUACUGGCGUUCCGAGGACGUUGAAAAGCUGCGCGAGUUUAACGACGCCGUGCAUGACGAGCCGCGGCUGGACUCGUGGCUGAUGCCGCUUUACGACGGGGUCCAUCUCGCCAGGUUGGUCGAUUGA